CAUUUGUGAGAAUUUGAGAAUCGCGCAGUUUGAAGUUCCGGUACAUCUGCCUCAUGGCUACUUUAAGCAAAGAGGAGUAUCUAAAACGGUACUUGUCCAACGAAGUUACCAAAGACAAGAAAAAGAAACGAAAAAAAAUCUCAGCCAAUAUCAAGAAGACCAACGUGAAGAUCAUCGACGAUGAUAUAGAUUUUUCAUCUUUAGAUAAGUCUGUUGACAUUGGUGCUGAACCUGAUGAUGAAGCCCCAACAAUCGCAGAAUUUGUUGAUGAAAGACCAGAACACAUCCGGCAACUUGAAGAAUACAGAAAUACUGGGCGAUGGAAGACGCUUGGUAAAGAUGAGCAGAAGCAAGAUAUUGCAUCCAAAGAUUAUGGUGUAAUUGCAGUGGGGAGUAAUAAUCUGGCCAAAACAACUGAAGGAUCAGAUAUAAGGAGUUUUGAUCAAGAUUAUUCUUGUAAGAACAAAAGACACUAUGAUUCAGACUCUGAUCAUUCACCUCUGCGAAAGAAGGCAUAUCUCUCAGGAGAUGACUCAGACACAUCAACUUCAAGACCUUUAAAUCGGACUACACGGCAGUUCACAGUAACAGCAUGUGACACACAUAUUCAGCAAGUAAGAAAACACAGACAUGAUAGUGACUCUGAUGAAUCCUUUGUGAGAAAAAAGAGGCAUGAUAGUGAUUCUGACCAUUCGCCACCCAGAAAACAAAAACACUGCCAUGGCUCACCCUCAAGAAAAUCAAGUGGACAUGAUCAACAGCAGAUCCAGAAGAGACAGGGAACAGAACUACAAAGUGACUCUUCAGUUCCCAGAAGAAAACCUCAAGAAAGUGAUUCUGACCAAUCACCACCUAGGAGAAAAGAGAAUGAAUCUGAUUCUGACCAAUCACCACCAAGGAAAAGAGAUAAAGGAUCUGAUUCAGACCAGUCACCACGAAGGAGAAGAGACAAAGGAUCUGAUUCAGACCAAUCACCACCAAGAAAAAGAAAUUCAGAUCAGUCUUUAUCAUGGAAACAAAAGGAUGCCAAACCAAGCAAAACUCUGGGUGGAGCAAAGGCUGGGCUGUCAACUGCCCAAGAAAUGAAGAAAGAGGCUCAGAAACUAAAACAAAAAGAAGACGCAAUGUUUCAAAAGAUUGAUAAAGAUGCACUUGGAAAGGAUGCAGGAACAGUUUUCCGUGAUAAAUCUGGCAGGAAGAGGGAUUUGGCAGCAGAAAAAGAGAAGGAUGAAGAGGAAGCCAAAAGAAAAAGUGCGAUGGACCAGAAAUACAAAGAGUGGGGUCAAGGGUUGAAGCAAAAAGAGAUGCAGGAACAAGUCAUGCAGACUUAUCUCCAUGAGAUGGCAAAGCCUCUCGCACGGUACAAAGAUGAUGAAGAUCUGGACCGUAUGAUGAGAGAUCUUGACCGCGAAGGCGAUCCAAUGGCUGCAUUCUUAAAAAAAAAGAAAACCAAGGAAGAAUCGGGAAAUGGAAGACCACAGUACAAAGGGCCAGCUCCUCCUCCAAACAGAUUCGGCAUCAUGCCUGGAUACCGGUGGGAUGGUGUGAAUAGAUCGAAUGGCUUUGAGAAACAGUUGUUUAGCAAAUUGGCUGAUAAAAAAUCAAUUCAAGAAGAGGCCUAUAAAUGGAGCACUGAAGACAUGUAGAUCUGACUGGUAGUCACAGGAAACAUAAGGACCAACAUAUGGUUGAACAGUGCAAAUUGACUUUACAUGUGUGUGCAUAUGCAAGCUAUAUAUUUUUGUGUGUUUAUUUGUGCUAAUUAUAUUUAAUAAAAUAUUGCCAUCCACA